AAAAUUGAGUUCAACAAGGUCAUAUCAUAUGAUCAUCAUAACGUUCUGUUCCCUUAAGUUGAAAAUUGCUGUGCAAAAUGAAUCUAUAAUACUGGCUAUUCAGAAGGGGCAAAAAUCAGAAAUCAAAAGAGGGGACAUUCUGUGAGAGCAUCCAAUAGCAUCGAGUAAUUCAUUUGAAAACAACAACAUUUGUCUUAUUAAAAGUAUGGCAACCACAACAGGUUUGCAAUAGCUGACUUGAAAGUUGACACUGAAGAUGGGAGAAACUACAGAAAGGUAUGCAGUUGUGACAGGUGCAAAUAAAGGAAUUGGAUUAGAGAUAGUUAGACAAUUAGCUUCAGCUGGAAUCAAGGUGGUGCUCACUGCAAGAAAUGAAGAGAGGGGUAUCCAAGCACUGCAAACACUCAAGGACUCAGGUCUAUCUCACCUUGUACUGUUUCAUCAAGUUGAUGUGGCUGAUGCAACAAGUGUAGCUUCUCUGGCAGAUUUUAUCAAAUCUAAAUUUGGAAAACUUGAUAUUCUGGUUAACAAUGCAGGGAUUGGUGGAGCUGUAAUUAAAGACACAGAUUCAUUCACUUCACUUCUCUUGAAGCGUGGGGCAGCACCAGAAGAAGAUGUGACAAAGGCAAUCACUCAAUCAUAUGAGUUGGCUGAAGAAUGCUUGCAAAUAAAUUACUAUGGUGCUAAAACAACUGUAGAAUCCCUUCUGCCCCUCCUCCAGUUAUCUGAUUCACCGAGAAUUGUGAAUGUAUCAUCAACUAUGGGGCAGUUAGAGAGUUUGCCAAAAGGAUCAUGGGCUAGAGAAGUCUUCAGUGAUGCCAAUAUCAUCACUGAAGAGAAAGUGGAUGAAAUAUUGAAGAAGUUUUUGAGAGAUUUCCAAGAAGGCUCAUUAGAAAGUAAUGGGUGGCCAAGACAUCUGGGUGCUUAUAUUGUCUCUAAAGCUGCUAUGAAUGCGUAUACUAGAAUCCUUGCUAAGAAAUACCCUUCAUUCUGCAUCAAUAGUGUUUGCCCUGGUUAUGUCAAGACAGAUAUAACUGCCAACACUGGCCUCUUAACAGUUGAAGAAGGUGCAGCUAGUCCUGUGAGGCUAGCAUUGCUUCCCAAUGGUAGUCCAUCUGGCCUUUUCUAUUACCGGAGCGAUGUGGCUUCCUUUUGAUUAGGAAUGCAAUUUCAUGGUUUGAGGGCAAUAUGCAUUGCUUUUACUUCUCAAUUUAUUGAGCCUAUUUCAAGAACAUUAUAGUAUGUUGUAUUUGGAUCACAUCAUUAUCAUGGUUUCAGUUUCUGAUUCUGCACAACACACCAUGUUUAUUGAGCAUUUGUCAAGCACAUUAUAUUAUAUCAUGCUGUAUUUGCAAUUUUACAUCAUAUCAUUGUCAUGUUGCAAAUUUAUUUUAUAAUUAUACAUUA